AUGGAGGAAGAAUGUUCGCCUAGUGAGACCUGCGUCACAGUCACAGAACGGAUUAGGUUCUGGUUGAGCAAUUCCUUGAGAUGCGAGAAAGUGCCCUCAGACAUGAGGCUAUGCAUUCAAGACAAGAUUGACAGCUUCGAAGAGACAGGUUCGACAAUUCCAUUCAAGUUUUUGAAAAAUGUCUACUCUUUCUACACACAGGAUGAAUCAGGUAGUGUUGAUCUGCCGUGUUUUUUACCUGAAUUAAAAAAAAAGGUUUGUACAUUCACGAGGUACUGGAUGGUGCUAGAAUCAUUCUUCCACAACCACCUGAAAGAGAAAGGCAUAGCACAUGUGAUAAGUGUGGAGUCUUUGCAUUUGAACCCGGUCACUGCAGCAGCAGUUCCAGGCAAUUUAACCAUUACAAAAUCAAACUUAUACUUUAUUACUUUAUAUGCACUGUUAUCAUUAUGUAUAAAGAACCCAGAAUUGGAAGCCAGAAUUGAAAGGUUGAAAGCAGAGCAGAGGGAGAAAGAAUAUAAAGAGAUGGUCAAAAAUGUCACCAACAAGCCGAGUAUCAAUGAAGAAUCGAUAGGCAAACAAUACAAGCAGCUAAACAGACAGCUGAUAACAAUCUUCAACUUCUUAUUAACGUGCAUGUGCAUGUUUGCAUUUGCUUACAAAGCCACUGAAUAUGCAAUCGGGCCUAAUAUAGCUAUGCAUGUCAUAGGCGGGAAUCUUUUUGUCGUAUUCGAACUCGGCACGGCACUCUCAGUGGAAAAAAUACCAGGCAGAUUUGAAGCGACGGAAUCGUCUACAUCUAUUGUGAAGUUGUAG